UUAUUUAUUUAUUUAUUUCCACUUUUAUACAUUUCUUUGUUUUACUAUUAUUACAUUUAUUUAUUCUCACAUAAAUGUAUUUAUUUGUUAUUAAUUUAUACAUUUAUUUAUUUUUCCCACAUGUAUUUAUUUAUUUCCACUUUUAUAUAUUUCUGUUUUCCCAUUAUUACAUUUAUUUAUUCCCACAUAUAUUUAUUUAUUUCCACUUUUAUAUAUUUCUUUAUGUAUUUUCCUAUUACAUAUAUUUAUUUAUUUAUUCUCACAUAAAUGUAUUUAUUUGUUUAUUUAUACAUUUAUUUAUUUUUCCCACAUGUAUUUAUUUAUAUAUUUCCACUUUUAUAUAUUUCUUUAUGUAUUUUCCAAUUAUUACAUUUCUUUAUUUAUAUAUUCUUAUUUUCUGCAGGCUUGGGUCUCCAUACUUUAAUAGUUAUUAUAUCAAUGAUCAAUUUAUUUGAGCUUAAACUGAAGGGGUUGAACUGAGUUGGUCGGUUGGACUAAUUCUUCACACAAGCUCAGGCAUCUGACUAAUUAGGUGACCAACCACAUGACAGAACUUUAUUCUGUUGCCAUUUUCUCUUGUACACUUAUCUGUUAGUAGCCUACUAAGUACUAUGUACCAUGUUUCAGAAUUGUUUUACUGUUUACAUUUUGAUAGCCUUUAAUAGGUUGGUUAAUGACAAGUUUCAGUUGUGACAGCCCAUCCCAUAUAGCGAGACAACAUGGUACAUAUGUGUCUUAUAAGAGUAUAUUAUCAAAAGUUAUAUACUGAGGAUUUAAAGUACAUUUAACUUCAUAAUGUUAAGAAUUUCAAGGCAAAGGAAUCAGUUUGUUUUGCGGGCUCUUUAAGGAUUCGCAUGACGUCACAUACUUCACAGGCAGGGUUGCUGGGGAACAGUGCAACAAAAGUUUAAAUGGUUGCUGAGCAACACGGUGUAGAGAGUCCGAGCAUGUUACCAACGUUAGCCUAGUUUGUCGAUGUAUGAAGGAAUAAAAAUAUAAAAACACCUCAAUAUACGUUUAGAUCAACGAAUGUGAGAGGAAAUAAAAAGCAGUUCAAAUGUCAGCAGCCUCAGUAACAACAGGUGUCGUCCAGUACGGUCGGAGGAAAGGCUCGAGUAAACAAGUUGUGAGUUCAGAGAUGGAGAAAACCGAAGCAGACCUUCGUCAAGUGGUAGUUUUGUCCAAAUCUGAAUGGCAGCGCGUACAGGACAGUGUGAACGGUGUGAAUCGUUACAACAGAAGUGUCAUUGCGGCAGCUGAACAGCGGGAGGCGCUGCACAUGCGCUCUAAAGAGCUCGUGAAACACUGGUCCAACACCAUUGCUGGACAGCGACAAAAAAAGCUAGAAGCGAAAAAAAUUCGAGAGGCGAUCGAAGAGGAGGAGAGGAAACUACUUGACAUAGAAGAAGCGAAAUACCAGGCCGAGAUACGAAAGGAGGCCAUUGAAAAAGCAAAAACCCAGCAGUACUACCAGACCGACAGAGUGAAAGGCUUCCAUAGCGCUCUGUUGCUGGCGGAGGUUCUGAAGGAAAGGGAGGCUCAGAUCGAGCUAAAACACAUGAAGCAGAAUGUCAGCAAAGAUGUAGACAGAGAAAUCUUGGCCGAAAUGGCUAGCAGAGAAGAACAGGCCAUCCAGCAGGAGCAGCAGAAAGCCCUGCAGAGGAAACAAGACCAACUCGCCAUGGCUGAGAGCUUGAAACUACAGUUUAAGGAUCAUGAAAUGAGGAAAGAGCAGGAGAGGCAGGAGGUCAAAAGGGAGGCUGAAGAAAUCGAGCGACUCAGAGAUCUUAAUCUGUGGGAACAGUCCAUGAAAGAGCGCAAGAAUCAAGAAGAGAAGAGAAGCAUGAUGAAGGCUCUUCGUGACCAUUUGACCAACAGAGAGCUGGUGAAAGCAGCAGAGGCCCAGAGGCAGGAGGAAGAAGAGGAGAAACGGAAGCAGCUCGCCAGCCAUAAAGAAAAAGUGACGAAAAUGAGGAAAGCAAAGCAGGAGGAAAUAUUUAGAGAGCUUCAAAGACACAGAGAGACUAUUAUACAGAAGUUAGCUGUACAAAAGCAGCAAGAAAUCAGCAAUGAGGAAGAGAUCAUCGCAAAAGCGGUCGCUGAACGUGAGGCCAGACAGGCCCGAGAGCAGCGUGAGAAAGAAGAGCAGCAUGCAGCCAUGUUGAAAUCUAUCGCUGCACACAGAGAAUCCAUGAGGCAAGAGCAGGAACGACAGGCAGAGGAAGAAAAACAGAAAGCUCUGGAGAUGCUAAAUGCAAAGAAGGAAGCAGAUAAAAUCUUCAUGGAAAAGCAGGAACUUCAAGCUCAAAAAGCUAAAGAAGAAGGAAAAGCACUGCAAGACAUCUACAUACAAGAAAUGGCUGAAAAACGCGCAAAGGAUCAACGUACGAAAAAAGAACAGAAGGACUUUGUGGAGAGGAACACCGCUCUCAUUGUUGAGGAGGAAAACCAGUUCCAGAAAUACGCCAAACAAGUCAUCGAAACAGCCGAGAAGGGAGGGAGAAACAUCUACCCACUCCUGAAGGCUGGCAGAGAGGGCAUCGGAGGGGGCCUGGGGCCCAUGUUCAGUGGACUUAGACCAAGUUAUCUAGUCCACGAUGAGUCGGGUGUUCAGAUGCCCAAUUAUGUGAGCGGCACCACUCAAAACAUAAAAGAGCUGAACGAGACCUCUGAUAUCCAGAAGUCCAAGAAAAGACUAGGAUUUACCUGGUAAUACUUUACAACAUCUUGUUGUUAGAAUGACUCUCUCUUGCUGUUGCGAUAAUAAAGAUUUCUUUUAUGCAAAAGAAAUGUUAAUUGCUGUAUCUUAAAUAAAAUAUCAAAUUGGAUGUUUAUAAGUA